GCUAGAGUUUAUUUCGACAACUAGCUUCAGUAGCCAUAAUGUGCUGAAAAAUAACAACAUUUUAUUCGCAAUUCUUUUUAGUGGCGUGUUUUACAUUUUUGAUGCUUUCAUUAAGUAAUUAAUAUUAAGCUUCUGUAAUCAUUGAAAUUUUAGAAUAUCAUUUCUAUUCGAAUUGAAUGUUUUGGAUUUUUAAAUUGGUUUUUAGUUGAUAGUUUUGUAAUUUUAUGUCUUCGGAAUUUUUUAAAAUAUGUCAGUAAAUAGUCCUAAGCUUUUACCGGUUGGGCCACCUGGUGGAAGACCUUUAAUAAUGCCUCCUCCACCACCAUUUGGUCUGACACCUCCACCCAUGCCUCCGAAUUUUAUGGGAGCACCUAUGCGACCAGGAGCUGAAGGCAUGCGACCACCUAUGAUGAUGCCCCCAGCUGGUACUCCUGGAAUGCCUGUCCCUGGCCCAUUUCCUGCUCCAGGUAUGCCUGCACCUGGAUUUCCAAUGCCUGCUUUUCGGGGUAUGGCACCAGUUCCAGCAAUGGCACCUCCAGGUACUACUGUACCAACUCCCUCACCAGCUGUUAUUUCAGCUCCACCUACUACUACUUCAAGUGGAUCUUCUUCACCUGUUAUAAAUGGUAGCACAAAAGAAAUUCAGAAUGAAGUUUCUUCACCAGUUGCUAAGUCCUCAUCUGAUAAAAAAAGUAAUUGGACUGAACACAAAGCACCGGAUGGGAGAACAUAUUUUUAUAAUCACAUAACAAAGCAGUCCAGUUGGGAAAAGCCUGAUGAAUUGAAAUCUCAGUCUGAACUUUUAUUGUCACGUUGUCCUUGGAAAGAAUACAAAUCUGAAACAGGCAGAACUUAUUAUCACAAUAUUCAAACCAAGGAAUCUAAAUGGACUAUUCCAAAAGAACUAGAAACUUUGAAAAUGAUGGUUGCUUCUAAGGAAGAUUCAGAUGGUUCUAAAAGUGGAAGUGCUGUAAGUGCACCAACAUCUGCUACAGCAUCACCCUCAAAAAUUGGUUCUCCAGCUGUUGCUUCUCCACUUUCAGAUGGCAGUCAAAACUUUGCUAAUAUCCAGUUGCCUUCAACAGGUGGACCUGCAGGGCAAAAUGAUGCAGUUGGUACUCCAUCAGAUCAAGGAGAUGCUGACGAUAAGGAUGAUGCCAAUGAAGAGGAAACUGACCCAUCAAAACCACUUGUUUUCAAAGACAAGAAAGAAGCAAUUGAAGCAUUUAAAGACUUGUUAAGAGAAAAAAGUGUUCCAAGCAAUUCAUCCUGGGAGCAAGCUUUAAAAUUAAUCGUCAAUGAUCCACGUUAUGGUACUCUAAAAAAAUUAAAUGAGAAAAAACAAGCCUUCAAUGCUUAUAAGACUCAAAGGGGCAAGGAAGAAAAAGAAGAACAGCGACUUAGAGCUAAAAAAGCCAAAGAAGAGCUGGAAGUAUUUUUACAAAACUGUGAUAAAAUGCAUUCCUCAAUUCGUUACAAAAAAGCUUUGGAAAUUUUUGGGGACUUAGAAGUAUGGAAAGCUGUUCCUGAUCGAGAAAGAAAAGAAUUAUAUGAAGAUGUUGUGUUUUUUGUUGCCAAAAGAGAAAAGGAAGAGGCUAAAGCUUUGAGAAAAAGAAACAUGAAAGUUCUAAGUAGUGUUUUAGAUUCAAUGACCAGUGUCACUUACAGAACAACCUGGGCAGAAGCUCAACAAUUGCUCCUAGAUAAUCCUCAAUUUUCUGAAGAUCCAGAAUUAUUAAAUAUGGAUAAAGACGAUGCACUUAUUGUGUUUGAAGAACAUAUAAGACAAUUAGAACAAGAAGAGGAAGAGGAGAAAGAAAGAGAAAAGAAGAGAAUACAAAGGCAACAGCGUAAAAAUCGUGAAGCAUUUGUGCGUCUUUUAAAUCAAUUGCAUGAAGCUGGAAAGUUGACAUCUAUGUCUUUGUGGGUGGAAUUAUAUCCUACUAUCAGUGCUGAUAUUCGUUUCAGCAAUAUGCUAAAUCAACCUGGAUCAACUCCCCUUGAUCUUUUUAAAUUUUAUGUCGAAGAGUUGAAGGCCCGUUUCCAUGAUGAAAAGAAAAUAAUUAAAGAGCUUUUGAAAGAGAAAGGCUUUAGUGUUGAAGUUAAUACUACUUUCGAUGAAUUUGCUACAGUUGUUAGUGAAGACAAACGAUCAGCAACACUAGAUGCAGGCAAUGUAAAGCUUACCUACAAUAGUCUUUUAGAAAAGGCUGAAGCUCGAGAAAAAGAGAGACAGAAAGAAGAGGCCAGAAAGCAAAGAAGACUUGAAAAUGCUUUCCGAAGUAUGCUUAAGAAUGCUGUACCUUCUGUAGAUUCAACAGUUGAAUGGAGCCAGGUUCGAAGACAAUUUGAAAAUGAAGCUCCAUUUGAAAAUAUAACAGUUGAAUCCGAAAGAGUUAGACUGUUUAAAGAAUAUCAACAAACUCUUGAGGAAGCUUGCAGUCAUCAUCAUAGUAAACCUAAAAAGCAUUCCAAAAAGUCAAAGAAACAAAAGCAUCGGUCUCAUUCCAGAUCUCGCUCAGAAUCAGAAGAAGAUUACAGGCACAAAAGCAGUCGGAAAAAGAAACACAAAUCUCGAUCGAGAUCUAGGUCCAGAUCUAAAAGCCGAUCAUCAGGAGAUUCCAGAGGCAGAUCAGACGAUGAGGAAAAUCAAAGACGUCACAGGAAAAAAUCCAGGAGGAAAGAUAAAAGACGGUCUCCUACACCAUCAUCUUCUGAAGUUGAGAGUGAUAAUGAUCGUAGGGGUAGAGAUAAGAAAAAGAAAAAAAAGGACAGCCGCCAUAAUCGCAGCCCAAGUCAUAGUAGUAGCCUAUCUCGUGAAGAGGGAGAAGUUGAUCAAACUAGUGACAAGGCUGGACCUUCCAUUGAUAUGCGUAAGUCCAACAGGAAGUAUUCAGAAAGUGAUGCAAGUGAAGAAGAGCUAGAACAUCGUAGAAGACUACUGCUUCAACAGUUAGCUGCUCACCCUAUUCCAUAAACAUUUGAUUCUUAUGCUUAAAUUAAUAGCAAGCAAGACUAUCAUUUUUUUUCUUACAUAAUCAUUAAGAAAAUAACUCAUUUAAAAUUAUAGAAUUUACUUUUUAAAAUUAUCAUUUUCUCAUUUAAAUAUUACUGACUUCCACAAAUUGAACAUAUUUUUUUUCCUAAUUUUGGAAAUUAUGUAAAGAUGUGUGUGAUGAAUCAUUAAAUCUGUAUGAUCUUUGG